AUGUCAAUGGAGGCAGCAGACAGCGAAAAAAUCAGCGAAGAGGCUCAGGAGUUGCUUUUGAGCAGAGAUAAAAGCGGCUCGCUUUUGGACAAUUUUUUGGACGAGAUGCUGGAGUUUGUGUGUGAGAAUGAACCGCGAAUGCGAUGCUUCGUUGCCACUAAGAAGGAUUGCGAUGUGAUGAAGAAAGCCGUUCUUCCACUAUCCUUUAUGUUGCAGUCCGGCGGUGGCGGUUAUGGCUUCAUUUCUGUUGUCAAAAAAGUGAUCGGUGUUUGCUCGCAGCUCUAUCCUUACAUCCUGAAAUGGGCAGCAGGCUCACGCAGUGCCGAAGUUGCUCGUUGUUGGGAAGCUUUUUCCGUAUUAAAAGGCCGCGUUAUGCAGUACAUAGAUUCCGAUAACGAAGGCAUACGUACCCAAGUAAUCAGGUUUCUGGAAGCAGUUAUUCUCGCACAAACACCGCGCAUUCCAGAAAGCAUUAAAGGUCGUGGAGAUCAUAUGUGUUUGAACGAAAUCGGCCGCGACCAUCGUUUCAUUUCCUAUCGGAAAAUGGAAAAUGAGGCAUUGUUAAGUUUCAAUUCGAUGCUCGAUCAUAUCUCAUCGGCACAUAUCACAUCACUGAAUCUACUCACCUGUUUAACCUGCAUCUGUAACAUAGCCCAGCAACGCGCUUUGGAAGCACUGCAUGUCAAUCUUCCGCCGACUCUGGCGACAAAUCAAGUGAAAAGUGUACGGAAGGAACUAAAAAUGCACCUUAUGCGCCUUCUGCGACAUCCUAGUUGUAUGCCUUGUCAACAACGAAUUAUCACGCUGCUGACAGAUUUGGGGGCGGUGCAGUCGGAAGUGCUGCGUGCACUGCCUCCCACCAGUGACUUGCGUAGAAAAACACAGCGAAGCGCUGAUGAUGGUGAUGACGAUCCAGAAGCAAAGAAAACGAAAGUUAGUCAGAGCACCAUUUCUGUCGCGUACUGGUCAGAUCGCAUAUCCGAGAAUGUGUCCAAGCUGUUUUCUUAA